GCCGUGCCGCCCUCGCCCAGCCCCUCGGUGGCCGACAACCAUGGACUGUUUUUCUGGGCCUUGCUUCCUGCCAAGACACCAUGGUUCCUCGUAACCGAAUGCUGGUAGCGAUCUUCUUAUGCCAACUGGUGCUGGGCGGCGGAGGCCAUGCCAGCCUGAUCCCGGGCCCGGGCAAGAAGCGGACGGCGGCGGCGGCGGAGGAGGAGACGCCCCCCCCGGGCCGGGGGCCGGGAGGAGGCCGGCGGACCCCCAGCCCACCCCCGGGCCCGGCCCAGGACCUGCUGCGGGGCUUCGAGGCGUCGCUGCUGCACAUGUUCGGCCUGCGCCGCCGACCCCAGCCUAGCAAGGCCGCCGUGGUGCCCGCCUACAUGCGGGACCUCUACCGCCUCCAGUCCGGCGACGACGACGACGACGACCCCCGCCACCCCCGCCCGGACGAGGCCGGAGGACGCCCCCCGGCCCGCCCCGACUACCCCGACCGGCCGGCCAGCCGCGCCAACACUGUAAGGAGCUUCCACCACGAAGAACAUCUGGACAGCCUCCCAGGGACCGGCGAAAACGUGGCUUUUCGUUUUGUCUUUAACCUCAGCACGAUCCCCGAGGACGAGGUGAUCUCCUCGGCCGAGCUGCGGCUGUACCGGGAGCGGGUGGACCAGAGCCCCGAGUGGGAGCAGGGCUUCCACCGGAUAAACGUUUACGAGGUGGUGAGGCCGCCGCCGCCGCCGUCGGCGGGCCCCUGCCCCCUCAUCACCCGCCUGCUGGACACCCGGCUGGUCCACCACAACGUGAGCCGCUGGGAGAGCUUCGACGUGAGCCCCGCGGUGGCCCGCUGGACCCGGGGCCGGCGGCCCAACCACGGGCUGGCCGUGGAGGCCACGCACCUGCCGCGGGCCGGGCCCGCGCGGGCCCGCCACGUCCGGGUCAGCCGCUCCUUACCUCACGGGGACGGGGACUGGGCCCAGCUGAGGCCGCUGCUGGUCACCUUCGGCCACGACGGCCGGGGCCACGCCCUGACCCGCCGGGCGGGCCGGCCCAAGCGCAGCCCCAAGCGGCCCCCGAGCCCCCCGCACCGGGGCCCGCCGCGGCCCCGCAAGAAGGGCAAGAGCUGCCGGCGCCACGCGCUCUACGUGGACUUCAGCGACGUGGGCUGGAACGACUGGAUCGUGGCCCCGCCGGGCUACCAGGCCUUCUACUGCCACGGGGACUGCCCCUUCCCGCUGGCGGACCACCUCAACUCCACCAACCACGCCAUCGUCCAGACCCUCGUCAACUCGGUCAACGCCAGCAUCCCCAGGGCCUGCUGCGUGCCCACCGAGCUCAGCGCCAUCUCCAUGCUCUACCUGGACGAGUACGACAAGGUGGUCCUGAAGAACUACCAGGAAAUGGUGGUGGAGGGCUGCGGCUGUCGCUGACCCGGACCCCCCUCGCCCACCCGCACGCCCGGGCACGCCGACGCGCCCUCGGACCGCUCCCCUACGGCCGGACUUGGAUCGUCCGGGCGUGUUUGGUUUUUUUUAAAAAAAGGAAAAAAACUCCCACCUCGACCUUAUUUAUGACUUUACGUGCAAAUGUCUUGACCAUAUGGAUCAUAUAUUUUGACAAAAUAUAUUUAU